UGCGUCACAUUCGACGGUGUCUUCCAUCCUCGAGAUGAAAAAAAGGUUCUGGAUAGGUUCUUACUCAUUAUGUAAGCUUAUUAUUUUUCAUUCAGAAGAAGAUCACAGUUAAAACAGCUCUCCAAAAUCCCACACUCUACUGCCGCCCUGCCAUGACACACAGGAAACGCUCAAUCAUUCACUUUCAGUGUAAAAUUAGCGCCUCGUAGAUAAGUAGCGCCACCUGUCCGCCGUCAAACGACAGUGUUAUUUUGAAGGUUACGACCGGAAAAUCGCCGUUUCACUCUCGCUAGCUUGUGUAGCCUCCAAAGCACACUGUGUGCUAGUGCUGUAGCUGCCUGCCUGCCAGCGGUGGUCUAUCCCUUUCACUGCUGCUGCUCCUGCUGCUGGGGACUGUGUCGCACAUUUCCAUUCAGCUUGUCGUCUGUCACCACCUGGUUGCCUUUGGACAAGGACGGUCAUACGUCCAUCUUUGACUGUAAGAACAUAUGUGCCUGAGAGUCUGACACAGGUCUGUUCAAUGGCUACCUCAGGCUCUACCUCUUCUGCCUCCAUUACCGCCACCGUGCCUGAGGAUUUCCAUUAUGAAACCAAGUACAUUGUUCUCAACUACCUGGGAAUGCUGCCUGUUGGUAGAUCACAGGUAACCGCAGCUCAAGGAGAUGCCCAGAAUGAGAGAGCGAGGACCACAAUGAUAAAAGCGCAGGUAGAGGAAGAGCUGAAAAAACUGGAAGAUGAAAUCGCUGACUCUUUUUCUACAACGGGCUUCGACCGACACACAUCGCUUGUGUUUAAUCCAGCCAACCCAGAGACCUCCAUUGAAGACUGCCUCGCUGCAGUGGGAGAUCAGGUGGCCAGAGAGCUUGAUGCAAACCUGGCAGCAGCUGUAGACACACUCCUCGCAGGGCCCUUGGAUUACCAGAGAUUCAGAGACGCAGCACUGGAUCUCUCAGUACACACACAGGGAGGCUGGAGCAAGGUGCUAGUGCCUUUGGUGCUGCUCCAGGCUUUACAAAGUGAAGGCCAGUCACUAGCAACUUUGUUGCAUCUGGGAGUGCGCUUCCUAGAGGAGGACGAAGCUGGUUACAUCAUUCAGCAAGGGGGAUGGAGUCAAAUAUACAGCCUUGAGUCAGAUGAGGAGCGAGGUUUAACCAUCGCCGAAGACAGCAACGACAUCUACAUCCUCUCCGGGGAGCAGCACCACGACCAGCUCAGCCCUCCCUCAUCGCUGCUCUGCACUGGAGACAACAGCAGUGAGCAGAGCUCCUGGCAGACGGAAAGCUUACCUGUGUCUCUGGCAGGCCACGAGUCUUGGGCACAGGUCGGUGUGAUGGACCCUGAAGACGUCAAGAGUCUGGACAGCAAUGAGGGCGUGGCUCUGGCCGAGGAGCGAAGCGAGAAUAACUCCUCGAACUCGGACAUUGUCCACGUUGAGCGCGAGGAAGCCGAGCUGCUCGAGGAAGGCAGUGAAGUGGCAGCGAUAGAGGAGAGCAUGAUGAGUGUUUUAGGGACAGAGAGCGAGCUGGCUGAGCUCAGGGAAGAAUUUAGGGGCCAGACUCCACCUGUUCCAGAGUCAGCCGAGGCAGACUCCGCGACCCCAGCCUCCCUGCUCUCACUAGAGGAGCCGGUUGUAAUAGAGACGCCUGCAGUCUUGUCUGCUGAGCCUUCCCUCGUUUCCUCAGAACCAGAGCUGCUCCCCCCAGUCGCAGAAGCUGCUGCACCCCCUCCCCCUGAUCCAGAACCUCCAGCACCCUUAUCUGUUCCUGCAGUAGAACCAGAGCCUGAGCCAGAACCAGCUGCCGCCCCUGCCCCAGUGCCUGCCGAGGUGGCACCCCCAUCUCUAGCUAAGGAAGCCCCGGAAGCACCAGCAGAGCCUGAAGCCACUUCAGAACCAGCUCCUGAACCAGAGCCCAUUGUCGUAGUGCCUCCCCAGCCAGAACCAGAGACUGUGGCAGAGCCGGAGGCCCCGUUGGCUGCACCCUUAAUCCCAGAAGCCCCUGUAGAAGAAGCACCAGCUGAGGAGCCCCAGUCAGAGUUCCUGCUUUAUGGCGGUGCUGCACUGGCAGUCCUGGCUGCUGUAAUGGCGUAUGGUCUCAUAAGCUACAGGAGGAAGUAGACAAGUAUCUUUGUCAGGGAAGGCGAAAAAAAAAAAACCCCAACAAGCUGUUAAGGUAGAAAAAUAAAUGUAUUAGUGCACACACGGUGGGACUCCCUUUUACAAAAUUCUGUUGGAUUUAUCAAAUGAGGUUGCAUUUAAAAAAAGACAAAUCUGCUAUGCUUUUGAAGGUUUCCAGGCAAUGUGAAAAUGCCCCCGGCAAACAAAAAAUCUAAAUGCACUCCACUGAUCUCCUCAUUUUUGCUGUUUUCCUUUUGGGGCAACUUUGUGUUAAGAUUCUUUAGACUUCAGCCCUCCCUCUUUUAGACUGGAAAAUAUGUCGACUUCGAGCCCUCUUCUGCUACUUUCUGUUUUUUUUUUUGUGUGUAUGUGUCUGUAGCUCACUGUUUAGGAUUGUUAUGCACCAGUUGAGUCGGUGUGCUUCCACGGAAAACUCACUGGCAUCGCCCCGCCCCCACCCCUUUGCUGAAAGCCCACAUUUACUGUUGCUGUCCAGCUGCCUUUCAAGCCGCCUCUCUUUCACACUUAUUUACAUUUUCCCCUUCUAACUAACUGUUGGUCUGAUACUUUCCCUGUUUACCAAACCACACAUGUAUGGUAUGGAAGUGAAACCAAUAAUUUGAAUUUGAUUUGUCAGUUUGAAAGUCCUACUGACGCAGAAAAAAGAAUACUCAGUUAGAUUUAUGUCGCAUCUUCCAUAUUGCAUAAAUGAUUUGUAUUUCUUCACAUGCAGCGUGUUUUAGUUGUUGUGUGUUGAAACAUUAAAGCGCUUGCCAGAGAAUGGAUGAAAGUAUUCAAAUGUGUCCUAAGAUACGGCUCUGCUGCUGCAUUUGUAGAAAUGAUACAUCGAGUUCGCUGAUAUACCUGGAGCCUGAGUCUUUCUGUUGCUAUCAUUUGUAUGUAAAUCUGAUUAUACUGUGAAGGUUCAGUUGAAUACAGCAUGUAACAUGGUGUUAAUUCUUAUUGCAGUAGAUUUUCAUAUUUCAUUCAUACAGAACAAGGUGGCGCUUGUCAGCCAUGGUGUAUAUUUACCCAGGCAAAGAGUUGCAGGAACGUGACUGCAGCACAUAAAUUGAGUCUUAAUUGAAUUUAUUGGACUCACUUUUUAUCUUCUGCAGUUUCUAUCCUGUCAGGUUACUGUAGUCUUUCAUAUUUUGCUCUCUGCCCUUUUCUUUUACUUCACCACUUUUGAUGCACCUGACUGGAGCCGCGGCUUUCUAGCGAGGAUCGCAUCUCUUCCAGUGUGCCCAGUUAUUAUUUCAGCUCCGUUCCCUCCCCGAGUAGAAUAUGAGGGAGCAGGCCAUUGUGAGGAUUUUAACGGCAAAAAGUGACAAUCAAAACAGCGGCAAAAAAUUUGCACGGCUUAACAUAUGCAUUCAGUAAGCAGUUAUAAAGAUUUGUGUUUCAAGUAACAAGAAAAGUUAAUAUAGACCCACUCAGCCUCUUGUGUUUCUAUGAAAUUAAAUUUUUAGAUCUCCCGGCUUGGCGAAAAUCUACAAUUACUAGUGUGCCAAUAUAUAGCACUUAAACAGAAAUGUGAAGUUGUUCAUGUUGGAAUGUCUCCUUGCCACUCUCACAUUAAAGUUGGUCAGAAUUAGUGAGUCCCCCCCUCCACACACUCUGAGAACUCUUUACAAUUAAAAAAGAUGUGACCAAAUAUGUUCUGCCCUCUCGCUGCCUCACCACAUAAAUAUUUUCUCUUCUGCAGUAAGAUGUAUCAGUAUGAAAAUUCAUGAAUGGAUGUGAAAACAGUGUUGGACAGAUACCAUCUUCUUUGAUACGGAAAGGGUGUUUUCCAUGUACGUGAGUUACACACAAGUAAUACCCGUGGACUCGAACUAUGCCUGCUCUCAAAGGGAAACUGUCACAGCACAGAGCAGGAUGGAUGUCAAAAGGUCCCCAACAUGACACUUUGUACCUUGAGUUUCCUACAAUACACUGUUUAAAAUGACAAUAAAAAAAGAUUUAAGUAUUUGA